AUGUUAAAACUAGACCUGCCGUGGUUAGCCGAUGGCUACAAACCUGAAUUAAAAACCACUCAGAAAAUAGAACAAGAAAUCGUUCCUUAUGAAGAUGAUAAUUUUUCAUUAUGUGCUGAGGAAUAUAUUGAUAACUACGCUGACAUCAGAAUCUCAACACCCGUUGUUCUUCGCAAACCACGGAUUAAAAGUGCUGUAUCCAGAAUAUCUUGCAACAGUGUUCCAACAGGAAGAGCGACGCUAAAUCAUCAUAAAAGACCUUUCAGCGCACGACCACCAUCUAGCAGACGUACUGUGUCUCAAAGACUUAUAAAGAGUGCUGGGACGCACCGUUCGUUACCAUCAGCACCUUCCUUGAGGACUUCUUUCUGUCAUAGUUUCAGGAACUCUUUGAAUCAAAGUCGGAGAUCAUUGUCCCGGAGACAUGAUGUGGGGACUCCAGUAGACUUGAUUCAGGAUGAUGGACUAGUCUUAAAUAAUACCUACAAAUCAGCACCUUAUGUGAGCAGACAUACCAGGUGUUAUGACGAAUCUGUGAUCUCAGAGCCUCUCUUGCCCCAAAGACUCUUCUUUGCUGGUGCCUUGCCAACGGGUUCCCAUCCUACCCUUUCCACCAGCAGACCAAUAUCAGCCAAAAGUUACCAGUCAGGUCUGGUGGAAGAAGGUUUAGAAGAAGAUGUGGCUUUACGGAUUCAGAGAUACAUUGAUUAUCAUCGUCCACAAACCGAUGCGUGGGGUUCUGGUGUAGAUUACCAAUCGAAAGAUAACUUUCUAUUAAGAGGUUAUGCUCCACAUUUCUGUACUUUUACACAAAAAGUCCAUCUACAUGACAGACCAGUAUCUAGUCGUACACCUAGAGAAGUAUGGGUAGACUGGGAUAAUGAUAAUGGUAUUGGUAAAGAUAAUGAUAAUGAAGAUGAUGGUUGUAGUCAGUUUGAUACUGAUUCUAGAAGGUCUUUCAGUAUAGUGAGUGGUAUAGAUGGAAGAACAACACCUAGUACUACAGGACCUACUAUAGUAGAUAAUGAUUUAACUGGUACUGAUAGAAAUACUGGUGAUAAUAAACAAACAAUAGGAGUAGUUAUUUCACCAAAAAAAUCAGAUGAUAAUAAAAAACAACAAAAUAAUAAUAAAGGUGUAAUAAGAUUUGGUUUUCCUGUCUCCAAGCCUCCUCAUGGUCUCUCAAAUAAGACACCAAAGUCAAAAAAGCCAGCUAGCAAAAUCCAUGGUAAUAAAAAGAUUACUAAAGAUGACAAUAAUAAAAAGAAAGUUCAAACAUCAUCCAAGAAGAAAACAGAGAGUGACAAUGAUGCCUUGGAAUUGCUGAAUAAAAUAAUAAGUUCCUCAAAUAAAGAUGAUGAUGUCAAGGCUGAAAAUAAUGAUGAUACUGGUAAUGAUGAAGAAACCGUUAAAACUCCUAGAUCUCCUGUCACGAAGAAAGAAAAGAAAGAGAAAGAACAGCCACCACCACCUGUGAAAGAAAGGGAAGUCACUCCAGAUCCAAAGACCAGACGGCGCUCUCCCUCACCUGUACAAGUAAAAGAACCAGACAUAAGAUCUGAAGCACCAGAAGUUCCACUAACAGUACUUCCUGAACCUCCAGAUUUACCAAAACUACGGACCCCGGAACCACCUAAAGAACCUAAAUCACAGUCUAAACAACGUAGUGCCAUAUCUAGUUCCAUAUCACAGAAAAACAAACAGGAAACAGACUUUGAUACAAGAUCUAGACCAGAAUUUGAUAUCAAUGCUGCUAUGGAAAUACCAGCUACUGAGUCUUCAUCCAAGUCUAAAAUACACCAAUGGUUACAUGGCCGUCUUGCCUUAUCACAGCAAUCUAGUAGAUUUGAAUUACCAAUGGAUAUGAAAAAUUUGGAAACUAUGUCACCAUUAGAAUACUUGAGAAGACAUUGUGUUAUUUCAAACAGACGCCAAAAUCUCUAUCAAAAAAUAUUCCUUAAAAAUAAAGAUAAAUCUGGCUUAAUCUUACUCAAGGAUUUAGAGAAAGGAUUAAAUGAUGUUCUAGUCAAUGGUAUUAAUAGUGAACAGUUAGAAGAAUUUAGUCGCCUACUGUUAAUACCUAAUGAUGUUAAAAUAGAUUGUAGAUUAUUCUCUUGUAUAGCUGCUGUUGUAGAGAGAUUACUUUAUCCUAAAUUCUUAACUGCUGACACAGCAGAUUUACCAGAUUUCCAGAAAGAAAAAAUAGAAUGUGCUGAUUUCUGUGCUCUGGAUUGGAAAUUUCAUGGAGUUAAAGUUAAUCCUCCUACAGAAAGACUAAUCAAAUCUAUCCAAGCUGUGGGAUAAAUGAGAUGAGUGUACCAGUUAAUGUGGUAAAGAUUAUACAUUGGGAAAAAAAAAAAUUGCAAUUUUUCGAGAGAUAAGUUGUUGAUAAAACUGUGAUAAAUAUUAUUUAUUUUUUAUGUAAAAUGUUAUAAAGAAUAACUUGUUAUAUUUUGUGUAUUGUAUUUGUUAUAUUUAUGUGUAUUGUAUUUGUUAUAUUUAUGUGUAUUUUUGUAUUUGUUAUAUUUAUGUGUAUUGUAUUUGUUAUAUUUAUGUGUAUUGUAUUUGUUAUAUUUAUGUGUAUUGUAUUUGUUAUAUUUAUGUGUAUUUUUGUAUUUUAUAUUUAUGUGUAUUGUAUUUGUUAUAUUUAUGUAUAUUGUAUUUGUUAUAUUAAUGUGUAUUGUAUUUGUUAUAUUUAUGUAUUUUGAAUGUUAGUGCUUGUAAAUAUUUAUUAAAUUAUUUCUUUAUUAAAA